CUUUAGCAAGCGGUGUGUACAGCCGGCUGUCUCCCUGGGCUCUCGGAGCCCCGCUUGCUCCACGCGCGCCCCAGCAGUCUGUGUCUGCUCUUGCCCGGCUCGACGGCGACAUGGGUGUCCCCACGGUCCCAGAGGCCAGUAGUCUGCGCUGGGGAACCCUGCUCCUCACUAUUUUUCUGGCUGCAUCCAGAGGUCUGGUAGCAGCCAUCAAGGUCACCACUCCAUAUUCUCUGUAUGUGUGUCCCGAGGGGCAGAAUGUCACCCUCACCUGCAGGAUUCUGGACUCCGUAUCCAAAGGGCACGAUGCGAACUUCUUAAAGACGUGGUUCCUCAGCUCUCGAGGCGAGGUUCAAGUGUGCAAAGAACACAGGCCCAUACGUAACUUCAUAUCACACCAUCAACACCACAGAAGUCACCCGGCAGUCAAUGCCAGCCAUGACCAGCCCCAGAAACAUGGGCUGGAGAUAGCUUAUGACAACCACGGUAACUUCUCUAUCACCCUGCACAAUGUGACCCUAAGCGACAGCGGCCUCUACUGCUGUCUGGUGAUAGAAGUCAAACACCACCACCCAGAACGGCGGCUCUACGGGUACAUGGAGCUGCAGGUACAGACAGGCAAAGGCUCAGCAUCUACAUGCACAGCGUACCCGCCUAAUGAGCAGGACAGUGACAGCAUCACAGCUGCGGCUCUGGCCACGGGUGCCUGCAUUGUCGGAAUUCUCUGCCUUCCCCUUAUCCUGUUGCUGGUCUAUAAGCAGAGGCAGGCGGCCUCUCACCGCCGUGCCCAGGAGCUGGUGAGGAUGGACAGCAGCAACACCCAAGGAAUCGAAAACCCAGGUUAUGAGACUACUCCAACCUUCCAGGGGAUGCCGGAGGCCAAGACUAGGCCUCCACUGUCCUAUGUGGCCCAGCGGCAACCUUCCGAGUCGGGACGGCACCUGCUGUCUGACCCCAGCACACCUCUGUCCCCUCCAGGCCCUGGGGACGUCUUCUUCCCAUCCCUGGAUCCAGUCCCUGACUCUCCUAACUCUGAAGCCAUCUAAACCAGCUGGGGGACCGUGCCUGGUGCCUGGGUCAGGGACGGAUGUACUUGAUCGAUGACAGGCCCUUGGACAGAUCUUUAGGCACUGAUUCCAGUUCCUUGCUCCUGCUCUGAGCCUAGACUCUGCUUUACGAGAUGCACGGACCCUCCUCUGUCACUUUGAGAUGUUACUUGGGGGCGGGAGGGGCAGGGAGAAGAUGCUGGAUUGCCCAUAGCUGUUCUCAAGGUCCUGGGGUGCGGAGUUCUCCCUAGAGACUUGGUCUCGCCAGCCACAGAUGUCAAACGACCUGAAUCGUACGAGCAUCAGCUUGGUAACAGCCUUUCUUCAUGGAAACCAGCAGCCCGGAUGGGAUGAGGUAGGCACCUUGCCACCCUCCCAGGUGAGAGGCACAAGGUGUGAGAGACUCCUGCACGCUGUGGGGGUGUGGCUGGUCUGCCUGCUUGCCUGAGGAUGCUCCUCUGUUGGCCUGACUCUAACCCCUGGAUUCUGGAGUGUGCUUUCCACCAGCAACCUGAGGGUCUGUCAGUGUUUUAAGUGACUCUGGGCUCUCAUUGCCUGUAUAGCUGUCCAUAGGGCGCAGUGGCCAGAGGCUCUGAAAUAGCAAGUGCCUGUUAGGUUCAGGAGCUCAUUAGUGUCUCGAGCAAUGUGAGGCCUGGACCACCGGACACGGAGGGUGAUGAGGGCACGAUGGGGAUGGUGAGGGGAGACAAGCCUCCUCCCUGUCCUCAACAUCCAAUCACUCCCACUGCUCAGCGUGGAGCGACGGCAAAGGUGAUCUCUACAAUGUCCUAAUGAUGCUGGGCUACUUCUAAGUGUGAAAGAGAUGCUAUUAAAAAGAAAUACGUGAACAGCUA